CCGCCCCGCUGCCGUUUACUUUCGAACAGCGCGGGCGUCGGUUGCUCUCGCGCAUGCGUAGCUCGGCGGCGCUGUGGAGAGCGGCCGGGCGCGGGCCCGCUGGGCGAGGCGGGGGUCUGAAGUCGUCGGUGGUUUCGCCGUGCAGAGCCUAUCGGCUCCCCGUGAGGAGGGCGGAAUAGAGGCUCUAUGCUGGUGUCCUGGCGCGGGGGUGCGGAGCGGGGCGCAGCCGAGGAGGCGGCGAACGGAGCGGCCAGGACAUGCAUCACUUUGAGGAAGAACUAACGUGUUCUAUUUGCUACAGCAUAUUUGAAGAUCCACGUGUUCUGCCCUGUUCCCACACGUUCUGUAGAAAUUGUCUGGAAAAUGUCAUUCAGCUGUCGAGCAACUUUUCCAUCUGGAGACCUCUGAGAAUUUCUCUGAAGUGCCCGAACUGCAGGAGCAUCGUGGAAAUUCCUGCUGAUGGUACAGAGUCGUUGCCUAUCAACUUUGCACUGAAGGCUAUUAUUGAAAAAUGCCAACAGGAGGAUCACUCUGAUGUUGCAACCUGCAGUGAACACUACAGGCAACCGCUGAACGUUUACUGCCUUUUGGAUAGAAAAUUGGUGUGUGGCCAUUGCCUUACGAUAGGAAAACACAAUGGCCAUCCCAUUGAUGACCUUCAGAGUGCCUACACAAAAGAAAAGGAGACUUUUGUAAAACUUCUUGAGCAGCUGACUGAUAAACACUGGACUGAUGUCUGCCUGCUUAUUGAAAAGCUGAAAGAACAGAAGUCGCAGUGCGAAAGCGUUGUCCAGGAUGACAGAAAAGCAGUAGUACAGUAUUUUAAGAAACUUGGCGAGAUAUUGGAGCACAAAAAACAGGCUCUGCUGACAGCACUGGAUGAAAUGAACGCACACAUUUUAGAAGAGUAUGAGCCUCUCAUUGAGAAGCUGAAGAAAAUAAGGGAAGAACAGCUUGAAUUAAUGUCCCUGCAUACCUCUAUUAAAAAAGAAGAGUCCCCACUUAUUUUUCUUGAGAAGGUGAAUGGUCUGCAUCAGCGUAUAAAAGCUCUGAAACAGAAGGAACUCCCAGAUGUUAAACCUGUGGAGAUUCAUCCCAGGAUUGGGCACCUGUUGAAAGAUGUGUGGUCCCAAACCAAAAUUGGUCAGAUCAACAAGAUCCUCAAUCCAGAAAUAAAACUGAUUCCAAAAGAGAAGUUAUGCAGCAAAGGCAGUGGAAAGGAAGGAAGAGACUCAGAACUCCUCCAGCCAGUAAAUCCUUUUGCAGUCCUGUUGCUCUUGAUGAUGAUGACAGCGGUAACUCUGUUUUCAUUUCACAGGCCAGUGUUGUCAGUUGUAAUUGAAGAUAUUCGCACUUAUAUUUCAGAAUUCCUGCUGCUUAUUUAUCGAGAUUUUGUCACUCGUUUGCAGAAUACAGCGGAUGUGCUGGACCAUAUGUUUAAUUUACUGAUAGGAAAUUUUAGGGAGAACUGUUUCUUUUGACUAUCUCAAUGAUAACUUAGAAGUCAGUUUGUUAAAGCUUUACACUUUUUAUUUCCACAUCCUUCCUUUUUUCUGUAUUGUAUAGAUUUCCUCUUCGCUAACUCUUACCUGUGAAGGUUUGUAACAGGCAAGGCUUCCGCUGACAUGGUACAGUAGGUUGGUAGGUGUUUGCUUGCACUGGAAGGUACUCAGAAACAGUGGCUGUGAAGAGCUGGUUGGCUUACAGACCAUAAUCUUGAGUCUUGUUUGUAAGAGCUCCUUGAAAAUCUACUAGCUUGCUUUUUUUUUUUUUUUUAAAUAAAAGCACUGCAAGGCUAGAUGUUAGAAGGAGACCUUAGCCACUGGCUCUGGUAGGUGUAAAACUCCUGUUCUGUGUUUUACUGAGCAGUCUCCGGAUAUGUUUUAAGUAAGUGACACACCCAUGGUCAUUAAAGCAUGUAUUCAUGGGCCAGGGCUUCAUUUGCUUUGUGGCUGGUUAUUGGUGAAGAACAUGAUUUCAUCUUUGUUUUGUUUGGGGUUGUUUUUAACCUGGAAAAAAUAACUUAGUGUCUUUCAGAUGGUUUGUGCCUCUUUACAGAGCAGUAUCAAUAGAAGUUAUGCUGAAAUACUGCAGUUCUUUACUGCCAGCUGCGCACAAAUCAUGUGUUUGCUCAGGCUGGUAGGAACCUCUCACCACUCUCGAAAAUGAGCCCCAGCUUUGUGCUAAAUCAUUUCAGAUGUGGUGAAAAUAGAGACUUACUGUAGUAAGUAGCAAGAGUCUCAGAGAACUCAGUGGUGUAAGGACUUCAGACAUUGUCCAGAGCUCUUAAACAACUUGACAGUGAGUGUAAAUUUAUUUUCUACUUUUCAGCACAAAUAACAGAUCUUUACCUUCACACAGAUGAAACAUGCAUCUUUUCUUCCACAGCGAAACACUCACUAAUCCUGUUUGCUGUUUUUGCUGAGGUUCUCCAACCUAACUUGUGUUCUGGAGCAAAGGCGCAAGGGAAAAAUAACUUUGGCCUUUGGUUAUUAACAGGCUGAUUACAGCAAGUACUGGGGCAGCUUCGAAGUGCUGCAGUGACAGCAGCAGAACAUGGAUCACUGAUUUUAUAAAACCCCAAAAAUGAUUAUUCACCAUGUCUAUUGUAUUUGAUUUUACAAAAUUAAUAGUAGAUUCUAGCGUGGUAGGGCUCCUUGGCUGUUGUUUAGUUUUAAAUAAUAGAAGUUAUUUAAGUAGUGGUUGAAUUCUAAGGCUAGCUGCUAACUGGUUGGUGUAUCAAACCAAAACUUAUUGCAACUAGCAGAUGAUGCUGGGCUCCUGCAAACUACCCACUGCUGCCAGGCUUCCUGGAGGGCUGAGUGCACAGUUGAUUCAGAUGCUUUCCUAAACCUAAAUAAAUAUCCUAAUAAGGAUAUUGAGAUCAUAACAUCAUGGUAUUGAUAAAACACUUGAGUCAGUGAUGCAGUGGUGGCACAGGUCCCUUCCCAGCAGCUUG